AUGUCCCAUGCCUCUUCUCACCAUUCCAACUCACUUUUCCAUUGUUGGGAGUGGGUAGCUGUUUUGUUCUCAUCAGUCAUUACAGAAGCUCAAAACUUUCCACAUAAUCUUUGCUUGAAAAAUCUUUAUAAUCCCAUGAAGGGAACUGUCUUUUCAGUUCUAAAUCAAAUGGGUUUUCUUUAAAGUUCACAUUUUUGUCUUUUUACACUUGAAAUCAAGCCUAGAAACAGUAAAAAAACAGAGCAUCAUCAUCCUCUGUUUUCACUGUUCACAGAUUCUUGUUUUUCUUCCUUUACAAACAAGAAAACCAGUGAAAAUGGGGAAGCUUUCUGCAAUCGGAGUUACACUAGAAUCGUUUACGAGUGGUGGAGAUGACAUAAUUGGGAAAAUAAUCGAGAUCUGGGUGCAAUUCAGAGUCCCUGUUUUGGCGCCAUUGCUGAGAAUAUUGAUGUAUGUUUCUCUUGCAAUGUCGGUAAUGUUGUUCGUGGAGAAGGUUUAUAUGUCUGUGGUGGUUGGAUUCAAUUGUUUGUUUGGGAGAAAGACAGAAAAACGUUACAAAUGGGAAGAAUUUAAAGAUGAUGUUGAAUUGGGGAGCUCUGUUUAUCCUCUUGUUCUUAUUCAAGUUCCAAUGUUCAAUGAACGAGAGGUUUAUCAGCUUUCAAUUGGAGCUGCAUGUGGGCUUUCAUGGCCUUCUGAUCGUAUUGUAAUUCAAGUUCUUGACGAUUCAACAGAUCCUGUCAUUAAGGAUAUGGUGAAAGUGGAAUGUGAAAAAUGGGCAAGUAAAGGUACAAAUAUACACUAUCAAGUGAGGGACAAUCGAAAAGGAUACAAAGCUGGAGCACUUAAAGAGGGUCUAAAGCAUCAGUAUGCCAAUGAAUGCGAUUAUGUAGCUAUUUUUGAUGCCGAUUUUCAACCUGAACCCGACUUUCUUUGGAAAACUAUUCCGUUUCUUCAUCAUAACUCUGAGCUUGGUCUUGUUCAAGCUCGUUGGAAAUUCGUGAACUCUGAUGAAUGCUUAAUGACAAGAAUGCAAGAGAUGUCACUUAACUACCACUUCAAAGUGGAGCAAGAAGUCGGUUCUUCUACACAUGCAUUUUUUGGCUUCAAUGGGACUGCUGGAGUUUGGCGAAUGGCAGCACUUAACGAGGCUGGAGGAUGGAAAGAUCGUACCACAGUGGAAGAUAUGGAUCUAGCAGUUAGAGCUAGUCUUAAAGGUUGGAAGUUCUUGUACCUUGGUUCAAUAAAGGUUAAGAACGAAUUGCCGAGUUCAUUGAAAGCAUAUCGUUACCAACAACAUCGAUGGUCAUGCGGUCCAGCAAACCUCUUUAGGAAAAUGAUUUACGAGAUCAUGAUAAAUGAGAAAGUUACAUUGUGGAAGAAGCUACAUGUGAUAUAUAGUUUCUUCUUUGUAAGAAAGAUCGUGGCUCAUAUUGUUACAUUCGUGCUCUAUUGUGUUGUAAUUCCUGCGAGUGUGUGGAUACCUGAAGUCGAGGUUCCGACUUGGGGUACGAUUUAUAUCCCAACCGUCAUCACCAUUCUGAAUGCUGUUGGAACUCCGAGGUCCUUUUAUUUGGUGGUAUUUUGGAUAGUCUUUGAGAAUGUCAUGGCCCUCCAUCGAACCAAGGCUACAUUCAUCGGAAUUUUAGAGGCUCAAAGAGUGAAUGAAUGGGUUGUCACUGAGAAGCAUGGGGGUGCUUCCAAGGCUAAAACUCCAACCAGGCAACAUGGAAGACUAGGCUUCAAACUAAGUGAAAGGAUUCUUAUGCUAGAGCUUUGUGUGGGCAUUAUCCUCUUUGUAUCGGGUUGUUAUGAUCUUGCAUUUGGCAAGUAUUAUUACUAUAUUUAUCUAUAUCUUCAAUCUAUAGCGUUCGUCAUAAUGGGUAUGGGUUAUGUUGGUAUUCAAGUUCCCAACUCUUAGAUCACAUUCUUUUUCAACUCCAUUUGAUCGACAUUCACUUGGUCUUUCUUACCUGAUCCUUUAGUUUAUUAGUUGCACCAUACAGUGGGGUGGGGAAAAAAACCUCCAUUUCCAUCAUUUAAUUGCUACAAAUUUUUUUGAAUCCAAAAAAAGAAUGCGAUUGCAGAAAACACAACUUCAUUUGAUUGUUACAACUUUCACGGUAUCCAAACAAUAAAUCAUGAGAGUUCCAUACAGAGAAGAAAAGUACAAAUGAGCAUAAAAAAGGGACAAAGAAUGAAGAAAACGCUAGGUGUGGUUUCAAGGAGAAGGUGCUAUAUGUAAUUAUCAAAUUAUGUAGAUUUUUUUUCAAUAUGUAUUCAUGUCCAUUUAUAUAUAUAU